AUGGACGCUUCUGAAUUAAUUCUGAAUCUCGUGCAGAAAGGUGUCGUCCGCGUAGCGAAAUAUCGGAGUAUCUCCGUUUCAGCCGCGAUCAAAGUCGAAGAGAAGGAGAAGAAUUCGAGCGAUUCCGAAUUGUCGAGCCGCGACCACGACGAUCCGCCGGGUGGCAAUUCGAAAAAUUCCUAUCCCCGCGAUUACCACGAGAAAUCAUGCGCGGAUUGCAAAAAGGAGAGACCCGAGGAGGGGGCGUUCAAAGUUUCCUUGACGACCACCGACGGAGAUCUGGAGAACGAUAAGGGGACCGUGUCGAGGAAGAAGAUCCGCGUGGAGACGAGGCAGAUUUGCGGUAAUCGCGAGAGAACCGACGAGGAGAAGAUUUUCGUGCUGCAGCAGCUGGGUCGAUCGCAAAUACGCCCGGAAGGAUUCCCGGCAUUUCUAUGCAUCGACGGGAGGAUCGCUGAUUCCAAUGGCGUUAAACGAAAAAUCCCACGACCGGCGAACGCUUUCAUGCUGUUCGCCAACGAGUGGCGGAAAAAGCUUGCCGCAGAAAAUCCUCGGGAGUCCAAUAAGGAUAUCAGUGUUAGGCUGGGUGUACUUUGGAAGAGCAUGGCGAAAGACGUGAAGGAGAAAUACUUCGCGCUGGCGCGGGAAGUGGACGCCGAGCAUAAGAGGAAGUAUCCAGGUACGCUUUACGCCUCUAGUUCCCGUUCAAACCGAUAUGACCUCGUUCUCGUGAUUGUAACGGGUUCGCCCAAAGUUUACCGAUACCGCUGAACUUUCGUGCCGCACGGACGACAGCAGCGCGAUAAUUUCUUGCAUUACCGCCUUGCAAACGUUCGAAGAAGGGCUAACAAUGAUGAUCGACGUAAUUGCGAGACGGAUCACACGAGUUUCUUUCGCUCACGCAGCGGACGGUUUGAAUGGAUUCACCGUGCCAUUCAGUGUACAAUGUGAAUGAAUUUAUACUUCUUAAGGGGCCUUACCAGUGUGUACCUGUUUCAGUUAUAGUGUCAGCAAAUUUGAAAAAUACUAUUUCGAGAAAAACGCGUUUAAAGUAUUAACUAUUACA